AUGAAUAUCCCCAAACGAAUCAGCAUUAUUGUAAAGCGUGGAGAAAAUCUAGAGUAUACAUCAUCACUCAAAAAGGCUUCUAAAAAUCGUCGAUGGCGCGUUAUUUUUUUGGGUGGAGAAGACAAAUUAGCCUCAGAGUAUGUUGAUGCUGAGGAUGGUUGUCCAAAAUGGGAUUGUGAAGUAACACUAGACUUGAUUAGUCCAUCAGAUCCAGUAUGUUUACGUGUAGUCGAUGGUGAUAACCAUCAUAUUGGACAAGUUAAUAUACCAUUAAAUCAAAUUCCACAAACUGGCAAUCCAAAUUUUGAUUUAUCACGUUUAUCCUAUUCUGAAUUGGAGCCAACAAGAAAAAAUUCUCAUCCACAUGGUCGUUUAGUUUACUGGAUAUGGGCUAUUGACUUUUGGCCACCAGGUACACAGGUUAAUACUAUACAACAUUCUAAAUCCUUACGUGGUUCACUUAAUCAUAUUGGCGCAAAAAUACGUUCAAAGUCUAGACACAAGUCGAAAAGUAAUCUUAAUAAUGGUUAUGCAGCAAGUGAAUUCAGUGGUUCCACACUUCAAGUGCCUGGUAUGUCAUAUAAUCCAUUUGAAAAUGAUGGUACUGCAAGUGAAUUUGGCGGACCAACGGGAUUACCACCAAUGUAUCAAUCCAAUGCUAACAGUCCAUAUGCUCAAUCUGAAUUAGGUGGAUCAUUGGCAAGCAGUACUAAAUCAAGUGGUAAACAUAGAGGUUUAUUAAGGAAAGUUAAGAGUAAAAUAUCACAUAGUACUUUGAAUUUGGCUGAAGCAGUAGCUAAAAAGGCUGCCGGCAAAGAUCCAUACUUUCAAAAUCUUGAUGGAGGUUCAAAAUCAAAUUUAAGGGGAAGUCAGUUGUCUAUUGGUGGGACAUCUUAUCGAGGUGCCACAUCUCAGUUGGAUUUGUCUACACAACCAAUGCAAGAACCAUCUCAGAGUUUAUAUAAUCAAGAUGAUUCGAGUAAAUCAAAGGCAUCAGUUAACUCAUUUUUGGAUGAUCAAGGUGGUGCUACACCUAUACAACAACGCACAGAUGGUGUUGGUGAAGUUUCAUCCGCAGCUUUCGAAUCACCUGCUAGUAUUCAUUUAUCGACCUGGGGCGCUCAACCUAAUGAUCGGCCGAGUAAACCUAUUGAAGAUAUGACUAAACGUGAAACAGCUGAAUAUGUAAAUCACUUACUGAAAACUCUGCAAUCUGCACGAACAGAGAUUACUCGUCUACAAAUGGAAAAUGGUCGAUUAACUAGUCAUGCAAAUGAAACUGAAACUGAAUUGAAUGAUGUCCGUAUGACUUUAGCAACAUUACGUAAUCGUUUGUUAGCAGAUAAUCUCACUGAGUAUCUUGAAUUACCAAGCGAGACCAAUGGUUAUAGGGGUGUGAAUAACAACAAGAAUGGUGGUUUUAAUGGCAUCGGUGGUGGUGGUUUUACAACUAAUUUCUCAGGCUAUGAUAAUUCGCAAAUAGAUAAUACUCCUGAGCCUCAGUCAUCAUUUCUGUCGAAAAUUUCUUCAUUGGGUAUUAAUGCACGUAAAACAAGUUUUAUUCCACCUUCGAGUAAUCUACCAACAAAUGGAAAUGGUGCUAGUGCUGCUGGUGGUGGUGGUUGGUGGUAGAGAUGAAUGGGAAGGGGGUGAAUGUGUAACAAACAAAGUGUAACUGAAUAAAAAAUUGUUGACCAUAGUUGCCUGCUGCUUACCUGCAGCCUUUCAUACACACACACACUCUCUCUGUCUGUCUGUCUCUAUGCGACAAACAAACAAAGAACAACAGCUCAAUAACAUGAGUAAAAUAUGCAUCAUACGCUUUUCCUUCUUUAUCUGCUUCUUGAGUUCUCCUCGUCGCCCGCCACCUGUGUUCUCCAUUCUUUCAUAUCUUUCCGUAUAUUGUAUGUUUGUUUCACUGAUAUCUGUGAAUUUUAUUGUGAUGUACAAAUGCGAAUGCGAAUAGACAUCUAGACAGACAGACGAACAAACAAACCAACAAAAUUAUAUAAUCGGUAAUGUCUUUCAUUUAACAC